AUGAGCAAUGAUAACAACAACAUGAAUAACAACGCUAAAACCGUUGCACAAACGUUGAUCAAUCCAAACGAUGUACUAUCCCACAAGGGCAAGGGGAAACAUGAAGGUAACCGCAUCCUUCGGGAAACCAUUAUAGCAUGGUCUGCUGAGUUUCAUGCCUCUAGCUUACCGAGAAAGAGAGAAAUUGUUGACGAAAUCGUACUGGGCGUGGAUGGGAGAUUCUUGAAAUGGGAUUCGGAACAUCGCCGGUACUUUGUGCUGACCAACGAAGAUGCGGUGUCAAUUGUACGAAAGCAAUUCGGCAAUUUGAAAUUCAAGUUGCAGAAGCAGGCUGAAGAAGAUUUUAAGCACGAUCCCAACCAAGAUUUGAACCAAGAACCCAUUCUUCCCGAAGCUGUACCAUCGUUUGAGGCACCGCUUGAGGCACCGCUCGAGGCACCGCUUGAGGCACCGCUUGAGGCACAACCACCAACUCGAAAGGAGGACGACGAGUUGAAUUCUGGAAUGGAAUCAAUAUCUUUGGAUAGUGAAUCACGUCGAUUCCUGACUCCGGUUGAUUGGGAUGUGUUUGACGAUGAGGAGACGGUAGUAAUCGGCAACAAAGUGUCCCGUGACGAAGACGAUCGUUCGGCAAAAGGUACUCUGUUGAAGCUGUUGUCCGACGAAGGAGGCGAGCAACUCGCGCAAACGCUUCUAUUCAUUGUCAGCUCAGCCGAUCAAGAGGCUGCAGGAACAGCGGUAGAAAGACCCAGUGGCAGCAUUUUGAAAUUGGACGAUGAAGCUCAAGAGAGUCUAAAGGCAGCAAAGAAGUCCUUGUUGCAACAACAAGAGAGACCUCGGAAAUCUGCCAGAAACAUUGCUCCAGAGAAAGUGAAAGUAGCAAAACCUGAGAAACCGGAUGACCCGAAAACGAAAUCUAGUCAUGACAGUCAUUCCGUUCUGUCCUUCCAGAUCGAACACGACAUGCAACACAUCCAAAUUGAGAAGAACGUCAGAAUGGGACGCAAGGAGGGAGCCAAGAAAGACAGAGAAUACACUGGCUCAAUGAUGGAAAACAAGCCUCAUGGCGUGGGUUCCAUGAUUUACGAUAAUGGCCGGAUUCUCAUCGGAAAUUGGGCACAAGGAGUCUUUCAAGGCCAAGGAUGUGCAAUCUAUGAGAAUGACGAUAUGUGUUUUGGGUCCUUUUUGAAGGGCAAGGCGGAUGGCUGUGUAUCUUACAUCACAAAGUACUCCAGGUACAUUGGUGAUUACCAAAAGAAUACCCGGCAUGGAAAAGGACUAUACAAUGACAUUCAAAUGGGCAUAUUCAAUGGUGACUUUGUCGAAGGUAGGUUCGAAGGCUUAGGUGUACAUACAGCAAUGAAUGGUAACAUCACAAAAGGACGUUUCGAGAACUGGAAAAUAAUCAAGAAGAUGCCCACUAUACCUGAGGGGGAUGUCAAUAUGAAUGCCAGCUCGAAGGUGUAA